UUAGUCCAAGUUUUGGAAUGGGUGAUUAGUAUUAGACCUGAUUUGAUCCAAUCCUGACCCUCUCUAACUCUCUAUAUACGUUCCCGUCCAUCACAAACAAACGCACCCUUCGCACUCUCUUUCCCCGAAUGCUAGAUCUACAAUAACCUAACACACGGCUGAAUUGGCAUAGUUUGACAAGAUGGGAGGUGGAUUUAGGGUGCUUCACUUGGUUAGACCGUUUCUCUCGUUUCUUCCUGAAGUUCAGACAGCUGACAGGAAAGUUCCAUUCAGAGAGAAGGUCAUAUAUACUGUGAUCUCUCUUUUCAUUUUCCUGGUCUGCAGUCAGCUCCCUCUGUAUGGGAUACACUCAACAACUGGUGCGGAUCCAUUCUAUUGGAUGCGUGUCAUCCUUGCUUCCAACCGUGGAACUGUCAUGGAGCUCGGGAUCACUCCCAUUGUGACUUCUGGACUUGUGAUGCAGCUUUUAGCUGGAUCAAAGAUCAUUGAAGUUGACAACAAUGUACGAGAGGAUCGUGCCCUAUUGAAUGGAGCACAGAAGCUUCUUGGUAUAUUGAUAGCUGUUGGAGAGGCUGUUGCCUAUGUUCUUUCGGGAAUGUAUGGUAGUGUGGGCCAACUUGGAGUAGGAAAUGCCAUUCUUAUCAUCCUCCAGCUGUGUUUUGCUGGUAUAAUUGUGAUAUGUUUGGAUGAGCUCCUUCAAAAGGGAUAUGGUCUAGGCUCUGGAAUUUCCCUAUUCAUAGCUACCAAUAUCUGUGAAAACAUUAUAUGGAAGGCAUUUAGUCCCACCACCAUUAAUAGUGGACGUGGAGCUGAAUUUGAGGGGGCUGUUAUUGCUCUGUUCCAUUUGUUGAUUACUAGAUCAGACAAGGUUCGUGCGCUUCGCGAGGCAUUUUACCGGCAGAAUCUUCCCAAUGUGACAAAUCUUCUUGCAACUGUCUUGAUCUUCCUGAUUGUGAUAUACUUCCAAGGUUUCCGUGUGGUCCUGCCUGUAAGGUCAAAGAAUGCCCGUGGGCAGCAGGGUUCAUAUCCAAUUAAACUGUUCUAUACCUCCAACAUGCCCAUUAUUCUUCAGUCUGCCCUUGUUUCUAAUCUCUACUUCAUCUCCCAGCUGCUCCACCGUAAGUACAGUGGAAACUUCUUUGUCAAUCUAUUGGGAAAGUGGAAGGAUUCUGAAUAUGGAGGUGGUCAUUCUAUCCCUGUUGGUGGAAUUGCAUACUAUAUCACUGCACCAUCAAGCUUAGCUGAUAUGGCCGCCAAUCCUUUCCAUGCGUUGUUCUAUCUGGUGUUUAUGCUUUCAGCCUGUGCUUUGUUCUCUAAAACUUGGAUUGAAGUCUCUGGUUCAUCUGCUAGAGAUGUUGCCAAGCAGCUGAAGGAGCAACAAAUGGUAAUGCCUGGACACCGUGAGUCGAACUUGCAGAAAGAACUUAACCGAUAUAUUCCCACCGCUGCAGCAUUUGGAGGCAUUUGUAUUGGUGCUCUGACAGUGUUGGCAGAUUUUAUGGGAGCUAUUGGUUCAGGGACAGGGAUAUUGCUUGCGGUGACAAUCAUCUACCAGUACUUUGAGACAUUUGAGAAGGAGAGAGCCAGCGAGCUUGGCUUCUUUGGUUUCUAAGUUCCGCUUAGGAAUUACUGUUUUCAUGUGACACUAAUGAGCUCUCCACCACCUUUGUAUCGAGAGAUUGUUAUACUUUAGAUAAUUUAACUUAGUAUUUUGUUUUCAUGCUUUAAUCAGCUGAGGAUGUUUGAAGAUAUCAUAAGCUUUUUUGGAUUUUCCUCAAAA